AUGCCAAAGAAGAGAGCGUCCAACGGUAGAAACAAGAAGGGUAGAGGUCACGUCAAGCCCGUCAGAUGUGUCAACUGCUCCAAGUGUGUCCCUAAGGACAAGGCCAUCAAGAGAAUGACCAUUAGAAACAUUGUCGAGGCUGCCGCCGUCAGAGAUUUGUCUGAGGCCUCUGUGUACUCCGAGUACGCUUUGCCAAAGAUCUACAACAAACUGCACUACUGUGUUUCUUGUGCCAUCCACGCCAGAAUCGUCAGAGUCAGAUCUAGAGAAAACAGAAGAAUCAGAACUCCUCCACAAAGACCAAGGUUCAACAGAGAUAACAAGGUUGCUCCUGCUGACGCUGCCAAGAAGGCUGCCGCUCCAGCUUCUGCUCCUGCUGCCGCUCCAGCUUCUGUUCCUACUCCAGCUCCAGCUGCUGCUUAA